CCCAAAAUCGAAGUUACUUCUGAUAAUCAGAGAUUUUGUUUUAAGCCCGUGUAUAAAAUAAAAGAUGGCAAGUCACUUCUGCGCUUAUUAAAACAACAUGAUCUCAAAGGUUUGGGUGGAAUUCUUCUUGACGAUGUUCAAGAGUCAUUGCCACAUUGUGAAAAAGUUUUAAGAAAUCGUGCCAAUGAAAUUAUAUUUAUAACGCGUGCAAUGGAUAAAAAGAAAGUGCUUUAUUAUAAUGAUCGCACAGCUAAUUUCACAGUUGAUGAAGAGUUCCAAAAAUUAUGGCGUUCGGCUACCGUUGAUGCGAUGGAAGAUAGUAAAAUCGAUGAGUACUUAGAAAAGCAAGGAAUACGGUCAAUGCAAGAUCAUGGACCGAAGAAGCCAGUUCCAAAACGUAAAAAAGUUCCAAUCAAGAAACGUCAAUUCAAGAAACCAAGAGAUAAUGAGCAUUUAGCAGAUGUAUUGGAAAACUAUGAGGAUAACACUUUGACAACAAAAGGUGUAAAUCCUCCUUAAAAUAGUGUAAUUAUGUAAUUAAUUAAGUAAUAAUAACAACAAUAUAAUAAUAAA